AUGCGUGCACAAGAUCUUCCAUCCUAUAAAGACAUGGCCGCCGUGCAAGGCAUGCCCCACGGCACAGCAUGGGGGCUCUACGACCAGAAUGGGGAACGGGACAACUGUGGUUCCCUGAACCUCCUUACCCCUGAAAACACUCUUGAAGCCCAGAAAGAGAUUAAGUCGGGAACGGGUGUGGCGUUGAAUUGGAAUCUCGAAUGUGUCUAUGAACCAGGGUUUGGUCGAGAGAAGCCAGUCCAUGCAUUCAAGAACCUGAAGCCGUUAGGAUUUGUUGCAUAUGAUGAUUUGAUCCAUAUCAAUACACAGUCCGGAUCUCAAUGGGAUGGUUUCCGACACUGGGGCCACCAAGAUACCGGACUCUAUUACAAUGGCCUCCAGCACGAACAAAUCGAAGACCCAGCGCACGCCGAGAAGAAUGGAAUCCACAACUGGACCAAACGCGGCGGCAUCGUCGGACGCGCUGUGCUAAUUGACUACGCCUCCUGGGCCCAAAAGCACAACAUCACCUACUCCGUGACAACUCGGCACGAAAUCAGUAUCUCCGACAUUGAAACGAUCGCCAAAGAACAGAACGUAGUUUUCAAGCCCGCGGAUAUCCUGAUCAUCAGGAGCGGGUGGGUGAAGUGGUAUAACGAGGCCACUGAUGAGGAGAGAAUGAAGGGGGCCAGAGAUGGACAUGAGUUUGUGGGUUUGGCGGGUAAUAGGGAGAGUGUGGAGUGGCUUUGGGAUCAUCAUUUUGCGGCUGUUGCCGGGGAUGCUAUUGCAUUUGAGGCGUGGCCGCCGAAGGCUCCUUAUUGUCUCCAUGAUCACUUCCUCGCUAUGUGGGGCACUCCUAUUGGUGAGCUCUGGAAUCUAGAGCAGUUGGCAGAAGUAUGCAAGAAGGAGAACAAAUACAGCUUUUUCCUGACCAGCGCACCGCUGAAUGUCCAUGGUGGGGUUGCCAGUCCGCCUAAUGCUUUGGCGAUCUUGUAAAGGAACGAGCAAAGAACUCCAAGGCUGGGGGGCCUGUAUAUUGUACGGUAUUUGAACAUAUAUCUACAUAUCUUACACCUCAACU